CGCUCCGCUCAACCACGGCCCGUCCAGUCAUCAACCCUCCCCCAAAUCCCACCGGAAUCCUCCGCCGCCGACGGCCACCGUCGACACCGCCGCCCGUAUACCGCCUGGCUUCCGCGACCCCGGCCCCGCGGGAGGAAUGCAUCGGAGUAGGAGACCGAGCCGCCGACGAGGGCCAGGCGAGGGUAGGGAUCGGCGGGGGCGUCACUGUUCUUUGCCGUGGAGGAGCGGCGCGUCGAGGGGAGGCUCCGGCGGCUGGCCGCUCGGGUCUGGAUUGAAGGGCAGCUCGGCAACUACGCAGGUAGCAAGUUUAAGCUUCAAAUUUGCCCUGACCAGGACAGGAGGGUCAGGUCACUAAUCAAAUCAACUCCACUACUUAGCUCUUUAACCUGUGAAAUCUGUACGAUCCAUGGUUUGGUUAUGUAGUAUGUACUGUAUGUAUGUACUAAUCUGUCUAUCUAUGAUCUUGAUCUUGUAGCAAUGUUGAAGGUUGAUUAUCAGUAUGUGUGCAGAAUCCAUCAUCAGGUCAGGCAGGAGUUGAAGUAUUCACAAGAUAAUCUAGACCUAUAUAUUUUCUCAGCUUGGGGAAAUGGUUUGGGUAUUGCUGGUACAACCAUUUUUUCCUUCUGUACCUCCCCCUUCCCAGCGUUUUCACUUUUGGCAACCUAAGAAAUAAACCACUGGGGACAAAACUGGGAUUAAGUAGUGCUGGUCUGUGCCUAAAUGUGCGUUGGUUGUAGCACGGCUUAGGUUUCCUGAAAAUCGAGAGAAUAAAGGUCCAGUGCUUUGUGUCUGCUCUGCAUUACCCAUUAUAAUCUGUCCAGCUCAGCAAAUCAGCAGGAUUCUCCUUUUGGAUAGUUUAUUAUCUGCAUAUUGCUUAUGUUUUCUUGCUUGUCCAAACAUCUUUAUUAGUAUGAACAUUGCAUCUUUUGCUUGAGUCAGCACGUUUACACAAUGUAUCUCUGUUAUUCAUUAUUUUUUAUUUUUUAUUUCAUAAUUGUAUGAUGUGAACAAGUAGGCAUAAUUUAUUCAAAUGGAUCUGUGUAGCUUCCCCUAGCUAGUGUAGUACUUCCUCUGCCCCAAAUUAUAAGACGUUUUUGGUAGGCACGUCUUAUAAUUUUGGACGGGGGUAGUACUAUUUGACAAUCAGGCAGCUGUUGGGUUGAUCUAGCAAUUUCUCAUCCUGAAAACAGUCCUAAUACCUGCAUGAUCUGAGUUUUAACUAAUGUACCCCUUUCCUUGGAUAGGGGAAUGGAAAAAUAUAUGUGAAAUCUCAGCAUAUCAAGUUCACUGCUCUUUUCAAUGAACAAUGAAUUAAGUAUUGUGCAAUGCUGUACUCUUGUGAAUGUUUACUUAUGGAAUGGCACAAAUAGCACCCAUCAGCAAUUUAGCAAUGUUCAUGGUAUGUGCGGACUAACUGAUGCUUAAAGCUGAUAGUUUGCCAUUUGCCAUGGUGGUUCCAACUUGCUUGUUUUGUUAGUUUGUCCUUGGUGUGUAGGAUCCAAAGGAGUACUAAUCAAGAAUGCUCCUUUUUUUUCCUUUAAAAAAGUAGUAUCGUUUGAACAAGUAUGCUUGAUUUGUUCAACCAUAUUGUAGCUGUCUUAACAUAGAAGAAGUUAGAAGAUGUUACAGCAAAUAGAUAUAAGUACAUUAUUCAUGACGUGGUUUAACGAAACCGCUGCUGCCUGGCCGGUCGCUGCUGCCCACAGCUGCCUGGUUCAGCUUUUUUUUUGACGAAAAGUAGCCUGUACAUGAGGAUAUGUAGUACUUCCUCUGUAAACUAAUAUAAGAGUUUACGGAGGGAGUACAUCUGUAUCAGAGUUCAGAAAUAGAUAGAAGAAAUUUAGAAAAGAAACCACCAUCUUCAGCUCAGUUCAGACUCGUCUCCGCUCUGUGUCGUCCCCGUCCCCGGCUUGAUCAUCAUGAAUCACGGAUGAAUCGCCCGACCUAGAAAUCGUCUGCAGUUUAAUGAAAACGGGGGCGACUGCAUUUUAGCUAAUCUGCAGAAAAUCUGAGUUUCUUACCUGGAAUGAAGCUAAGGAGUCUCUUAGCUGGAAUGACUUAUUCCUGGCGUUUCUCUUUAUGCAUGGUAUAAUAGAGUUGAUGCAUCGUGACCAUCGCCGAUGCGAGGAUGGUUGGCUUUUCGACAUCCACCACUUGUGCUCUCCUCCUCCUGCUCAUCUUCUUCUUCUACCUUCCUACUGUUGCUAUCGCCUUGUCCUUCAACUACUCCACAUUCAGCUCAGCGGACCAGAACGCCAUCAAGAUCGAAGGUGACGCAUCCUUCAGCGUUGGAUGGGUCGACAUCAGCGCCAACAGGUACGGCAGCAUAGACUACAGCAAUGGCCGGGUGUCGUACAAUGCCCAGGCGAUGCUGCUAUGGGACAGGGCAACCGGCAAGGUUGCCAGCUUCACCACGCGGUUCUCGUUCGUCAUCUCCGGCAACAUCAGCAGCAAGGGGCAAGGCAUGGCCUUCUUUCUCGCCGGCUACCCGUCCAGCCUGCCAGCCCGCUGCCCUGACUACAACCUCGCCCUCACCAACCAGAGCGCGGAUGCCGUGGCGGCCGGCGACAGCCGGUUCGUGGCGGUGGAGUUCGACACCUUCAACAAUACGGUGGUGUCUGACCCCCACGAUACCUUCGACCACAUCGGCAUCGACAUCAGCUCCCUCCAGUCGGUGCGCACACUGACUAUGCCAAGCUUCGAGCUGACGGGCAACCUGACUGCCGACAUCAACUACGACAAUGUUUCCAGCAUCUUGUCAGUGACGGUGUGGCUCGGUGAUGAUAACGAAGGCAAGCCAAGAAACAGGAGUUACAACCUUCGCUCCAAGGUUGACCUCAAGAGCGCACUGCCGGAGCAGGUCUCGGUCGGCUUCUCCGCAUCCACAUCCAACGCCAUCGAACUGCAUCAGCUACACUCUUGGUCCUUCAUAUCUUCGUUGGAACCGCCGCCGCCGCCAGCAGCAGCAAUAUCUUCCCUGUCAAGGCUGGGUCCGGGAGUUAUAGCCGGGGCAGCUGCUGGUGCAUCAGUGUCCCUCGUGCUCAUCUUCGCCGCUAUAGUGGCACUUGUUGUGCGUCGCCACCAUCAACAAAAAAUGGUGGAGACGGAUGAGUACCACACUGACUCGGAAGGCGAAGGUGACCCGAUGAUGGAGAUCGAGAUGGUGAAGGGGCCAAGGCGGUUCCCAUACCACGAGCUCGUGGAAGCGACGAGGAACUUUGCCGCGGAGGAGAAGCUUGGGCAAGGUGGCUUCGGUGCGGUUUACCGAGGCUACCUGAGAGAGCCAGCUGGGCUUCCCGUGGCCAUUAAGAGGUUCUCCAAGCAUGAUUCUUCCCUGCAAGGAAAGAGGGAGUACAAGUCAGAGAUCAAGGUGAUAAGCAGGCUGCGCCACCGGAACCUCGUGCAGCUCCUCGGCUGGAGCCAUGGCCGCGAGGAGCUCCUGCUGGUUUACGAGCUCAUGCCCAACCGCAGCCUCGACAUCCAUCUCCAUGGCAAGCAGGGCACCUUCCUCACAUGGCCGAUGAGGAUGAAGAUAGUGAUGGAACUCGGGUCUGCGCUGCUCUACCUCCACGAGGAGUGGGAGCAGUGCGUGCUGCACCGGGACAUCAAGCCCAGCAACAUGAUGCUAGACGAGUCAUUUGGAGCUAAGCUGGGCGACUUCGGGCUCGCAAGGCUUGUCGACCAUGCCGCCGGGACGCAGACUAUGACCGCAGUCUCAGGGACUCCGGGCUACUUGGACCCCCAGUGUGUCGUCACCGGCAGGGCCAGCGCCGAGUCAGACGUGUACAGCUUCGGCGUGGUUCUGCUGGAGGUGGUGUGCGGCAGGAAGCCGAUGAGCUUCACUGCGACCGAUCAGGACCAGCAACAAAAGAACGGUGGCGUGUUCCGGCUGGUUGAGUGGGUUUGGGGGCUGUACGGCCGGGGAGCCAUUCUAGAGUCCGCCGACAAGCUGCUGAAUGGUGACUUAGACGCAGCAGAGGUGGAGAGGGUGCUGGUCGUCGGGCUGUGGUGUGCACACCCGGACCCGAGCGCGCGGCCGACCAUCAGAGAAGCCAUGGCCAAGCUCCACUCCAAGGUCGACAAGCUGCCGGUGCUCCCCUCCAAGAUGCCGGUGCCGACAUAUGCUCAGCCACCGUUCGGCUUGGACAUGGACGACGGGCUGUCAACGUUGCUGACAUCGUCCACCAGCACCAGCGUCCCACCGCACACCACUUGUACGACAACCAGUUCUUCGGACGGACGUGAAAAAAUGUUUGUUUAUGAUGAAUCAUGGUUUGAGGGACACAUUAGUGUGAAGGAAAUCGAGCAAGAAGCUUCUGGCCAUCAUGGUAUGGCAAUGCAAGAAAAGCCCAAGCAGACAGCAGACACUGGUUUAUCAGAAAGGCUGAAAGAUUCAAGGGCACGGAAUGCUGUAAGCAGCCAAAAAGGGACCCCAGGGUGGUUCCAACUUGUUUGUAUGACUUUAUGGAUUGAGGAUUCGUUGUCACCGGCGCCUAGGAUGGCUGGCUUUUCAACAGCAACCACCUGUGCUCUCUUCAUCAUCUUCUUCUACCUCCCUGCUCCUGUCGUCUCCCUGUCCUUCAACUACUCCACUUUCAGCUCGGCGGACCAGAACGACAUCAAGAUCGAAGGCGACGCGUCGUUCAGCGUCGGAUGGAUCGACAUCAGCGCCAACAGGUUCGGUAACAUCGACUACAGCAAUGGCCGGGCGUCGUACAACGCCAGGCCGAUGCUGCUAUGGGACAAGGCGACAGGCGAGGUGGCCAGCUUCACCACCCGCUUCUCGUUCGCCAUCUCCGGCGACAUCAACAGCAAGGGCCAAGGGAUGGCCUUCUUCCUUGCCGCCUACCCGUCCAGCCUCCCGGCCCGCUGCAUCGAUUACAACCUCGCCCUCACCAACCAGAGCGCGGACGCCGUGGCGACCGGCGACAGCCGGUUCGUGGCGGUGGAGUUUGACACCUACAACAAUACGGUGGUGUCCGAUCCCCGUGAGACCUAUGACCACAUCGGCAUCGAUGUCAGCUCCCUCCGGUCGGUCAGCACGCUGACCCUGCCGAGCUUCGAGCUCACGGACAACCUGACCGCUGUCAUCGAGUACGACAAUGUUAGCAGCAUCUUGGCGGUGACGGUAUGGGUCGGUGAUGAUAGAUCCGGCCAAGCGAGGAACCGGAAUUACAGCCUUAGCUCCAAGGUUGACCUCAAGAGCGCACUGCCGGAGCAGGUCUCCGUUGGCUUCUCCGCGUCCACAUCCAACGCCAUCGAACUGCAUCAGCUACGCUCUUGGUCCUUCAGCUCUUCGUUGGAACCGCCGCCGCCACCAUCACCACCGUCAGUACCAACAUCCUCCCCGUCAAGGCCGGGCCCUGGAGUUAUAGCCGGGGCAGCUGCUGGCGCGACAUUGUUCCUCGUGCUCCUCUUUGCUGCGACAGCAGCACUAGUAGUGCGGCGCCGCCAUCGCCAGAGAAUCGUGGAGACAGAGGAGCACUACACAGACUCGGAAGGCGAAGGUGACCCGAUGACGGAGAUUGAGAUGGGGACAGGGCCAAGGCGAUUCCCAUACCAAGAGCUUGUGGAAGCGACCAGGAACUUCGCCGCGGAGGAGAAGCUUGGGCAAGGUGGCUUUGGUGCGGUUUACCGAGGCUACCUGAGAGAGCCAGCUGGGCUUGCUGUGGCCAUCAAGAGGUUCUCCAAGCAUGAGUCCUCCCUGCAAGGAAAGAGGGAAUACAAGUCGGAGAUCAAGGUGAUAAGCAGGCUGCGCCACCGGAACCUGGUGCAGCUCCUCGGUUGGUGCCAUGGCCGAGAGGAGCUCCUGCUGGUCUACGAGCUCAUGCCGAACCGCAGCCUCGACAUCCAUCUCCAUGGCAAGCAGGCGGGCACCUUCCUCACUUGGCCGAUGAGGAUGAAGAUAUUGCUGGAGCUUGGGUCUGCACUGCUGUACCUCCACGAGGAGUGGGAGCAAUGCGUGCUGCACCGGGACAUCAAGCCCAGCAACGUGAUGCUCGACGAGUCCUUCGGAGCCAAGCUCGGGGACUUUGGGCUAGCGAGGCUUGUCGACCACGCCGCCGGGACGCAGACGAUGACCGCAGUCUCAGGGACUCCGGGCUACUUAGACCCCCAGUGCAUCGUCACUGGCAGGGCCAGCGCCGAGUCCGACGUGUACAGCUUCGGCGUGGUGUUGCUUGAGGUGGCGUGCGGCAGGAAGCCGAUGAGCAUGAUCCCACCUGACCAGGACCAGCAGCGCAAGAACGGCGGCGUCUUCCGGCUAGUCGAGUGGGCCUGGGGCUUGUACGGCCGGGGAGCCAUCCUUGAGGCUGCCGAUGAGCAGCUCAACAGCGACUACGACGCAGUGGAGGUGGAGAGGGUGAUGGUCGUCGGGCUGUGGUGCGCGCACCCGGACACGACCGCGCGGCCGACCAUCAGGGAAGCCAUGGCCACGCUCCACAACUGCAGCCAGCUGCCCGUGCUCCCCUCCAAGAUGCCAGUGCCGACGUACGCAGCGCCGCCGCUUGCCUUCGGUGACGAAGUUGGGCUGUCGACGUCGCUGACGUCGUCUAGCUCCAGCGUGCCGCCACCAACCUCUGGUACAACAAGGACAAUUUCCUCGGACGCUAGCACCUCGACGACCAGUUCAAACAAGCCAUCUUCUUCUCUACUGAAACAUCAGUACUAGUGCUAGUCAUUUAUAUGUUUAGUUUAUCACGGCGUGUGACACUAGAAGUUUAACUACCAAAUGGCUGUUGGCUGUAGUAUGGCUUAGAUUUCUUGAAAAUAAAAUGUCUCUGCUCU